CGAUUCCGAGAACCGCUUUGGACGCCUGUUGAGACGCCAUGCCUCGUCCUUGACUUGCAGCGACGUUCACCCGAAUGCACGUGCUGCGGGUUUGCGCAGUCCAGUCAUGCGCAUCCAGGUGAGCACGGUGGAUGAAAGGAGUUCCAAUCCUUGGUCCUUGGAGCUGGACGUGGCCAGUGACAUGUGCGUCGCUGAGCUGAAGGAGGUCUUGAGCUCAAAGCAUGGCUUGGCCUUCGCCAAGUCCACCAAGGUCUUGGGGAAACGUGCCAGUGGCGUCAUGAUCACCCUGGAGGACCACGCCAAGGUCUGUCGCGACAUCUUGCUGCGCGGCAUCACGCGGCCCGAUCGACCGGAGUCGCCCGUGAAAAUGUCGUCGCUCUCGCCAACGCCGGUGCAGAAGUUCUUGCAGCGGACGGGGGAGCUGCCCAGCGGUGCGGGCGUCCAGUUUCCGCCCCGCAUGGCCGAGCCGAAAGCGAAGGCGGCGGCGAAGGUCGCGGCCAAGGCGGCUCCGGAGCAGAAGCGCAGUUGGCUGCGGAUCGCCCAGCAGGUCUGGACGUCCUCCGCGCGCGUCGCGCCCACCACCACCAGCGCCAGCGCCUCGCCGCCGCGCACGGCGGCCGGGGCGGUGGCCGUGGCGGCGACGCUGAAUCAGAUCAUGGCACAAGCGGCGAAUGAGCAGAUCCAACAGCAGCUUGACGCCCUUCUGAACAUUGGAAGUGGCGAACAGAAGCUGGAAACCAACUCUGGCCAAGAAGGCAAGAUCAUCUACGCCAUCAUCGAGAUGAGCAAGAUCUUGUGCCGGCUUUGUCGGCCUAUCCUCAGCAAAAAUGGAUAUGGUGAUGGAGGCUUAAGGUCCUUCUCCCUCUUCUUUGGUGCCAUCGAAGAGGCCACGAUCCUGGAGGAUGUGAGCCGGCUUUUAGGCUCGUUGCAGUACGUCCUCUGGAUGGGUCCGGAGGGACGUCCCCCGCGGCGCGCCCAGCUGCGCGCCGUCGCGUCCUCGCUGCAGCUGGCCUUCGCGCACCACGCCGCGCUGCCGCCGCUGGAGCGGUAUGCACGGAGCCAUGCGCGCACGGUAGCCUUAGUGGAGAUGUUGCUGAGGGAGUAUGCCCGAGGCGUGCGCCCCGUUUGGGCCACGCCGGAGGCCCAGCGCGCGCGAGCGCUGCUGGUUUGGGUUUGGGGUGCCCAGCGGCAGCUGGAGGGCGCCUUAGCAGAGUCGGGCUAUUAUGAGGAGGCCGCCGCCUUCUUGAGUGGCUCCGAGGAGCGUCUUCACCUCUGUCUGCUGGGCGACUUCACCGACCCCUGGGCUCCCUCGCUCCGACGGCGCGUGCGCGUCACCACCGGCAGCAUCGCCAGCGCGUCGAACGCGUCGAGCACGGCGAGCGCGGUGGAUUUGGUCUUCUGUCCACACGGGCGGGCGGAGGAGGUGGCGAAGGCGCUGCAGGUGGCUUCCGAACGGAGCUGCGUGCUGGCGGUAAGCAGCUGUUCGGAAGAGGAGGCAGAAGACAUGCUGAGAAGGCUGGAAAAGUGCGGCUGCAAGGCCAUUUUGCGCAAAGUUCGCAACCUCUUCUCCAGCAUGGCCGCUGGCUCGGCGGCCAAAUACGACGCUCACGGCUGGAUCAGCGCCGUGGAAGUGCCCGCGGGCGCCACGCUGGAAACGCUGGAGGAGCCCAAGGCGGAGCUUCAGAGUGCGAAGGACGAGGCCAAAGCUGCCAAACGCAGUCCUGCUGUCUUCUGGGGCAUUCUUGACUUGAAGUACGACCCGUCGCUGCCGAUGGAGCGAAGGGUGAAGGUCUUGGAAACGGGCGAUGGACGGUCCUCGAAGUUCAGUGGCUAUGGGGCGGCCAUCAAGGAGAACUUCAAGGCGGACAAGAAGCUGGAGGAGACCCUUCAUCGCGCUGUGCUGGUGGAGAACAAGAAGUUGACUCAUGACUUCUUCGUCGAAAGUGGCUACCAGCAUUUGAUGCCCAAACAGCUCUGCUUCCGACGGAUCUACCAGGACUUUCUGGCCUUGGACAUCAUCCAAGGCUUGGGUUUGUCCACCUCAGGCUCGCCCUCUGCCUGUGUCUUGAAGCUCUGCAACCGGGCCAGGGGCGCUGGCUGCAUCCCGAUCUCCGCGGAUGAUUUGGACGUGGCGCUCGAGAGGCUCUUGACCUUGCCCGACAACACCGAAGAGUGGCUCGAGGAGCAGGAUGAGAACUUCCCCAAAGACUGCGAGUGGGGUUGCUUCGAGGAGCAAGUCCGGCACUGGUGGUCCAACGAGUGUCCCGUCUUCGUCUGUGAGGAGCUUUGCCACUCUGCGCCCGUGUGGCAGGAGGGCAAAGGCUACGACGCCACCAUGCGCGUGGGUUUUUCCUUACACCGAGUGGAAGAGCCUGAGAAGGAGGAGGAGGAGGAUGAGACCUUGGUGAGUGGCUUCGAGCAGCAGCUUCAAGACCUGCAGCAGGAGGAGGUGUUCUGGCCCGGCGAGGCCCGUGUCGGCGCCCUCGCGAUCGAGUGGCUUGGAGGCUAUUGGAAGCUUCCCGCCGAGGACUUGAAUUGCAGCGACCUGUCGGCCAAGAUCAUCAGCAAGGCUCGUCAGGGCACCGCGCCCGUGGAGAAGCAUCAUCUCCAGGAGGUCUACGUCUCUUUGGGUGAUGCAGUGCAACAGGUCUUCACCAACGCGAGUCUGUCGCCACAGACGUUGCUGAGGCGCUACCCCAGCAUGAGCGAGCUGGGUGCCUUCAUCGCAGCGCGCUUGGCGUGCUCCAUGCGCCAACGAGAUGUGAACAAGAGCAACCAGGUCUUGGGCUUGGCGGAAGCGGCGUGUGCCAAGUGCACCUCACCGACCAAGGCCUUUGCCGAGUCGUACAUCGCGCGGAACUUCGGCGCCUUCGAAGCGAUGAUGGGUCGCCCCAAGGCCACGGAGCACCUGCAGAAGGCCAUCCGGGCGAUGCCCACGAAUGCCACGGCGCGGUACAUGCUGGGCAUGCGACUGUUGGAGGUCGAAGAUUGGUCUGCAGCCAUCGGCUGCUUUCGAGAGAGCCUCCAGUUGGAUCCGGACUUCAAAGCUCCAUGGGUGAACAUGGGCGUGGCUUUCUUGCGGCUGCAGCAAUGGCAGCGCGCCAUCGAGGCCAGCGACUGUGGAGUCUACCGGCACCCCAACACCGCGCAUUGCUUCUACAACAAAGGCCUCGCUUGCUUCUUCCUGGCCUUGCAGGAAGAGCAGGCCCAGGCCAAGAAUGGAGUUUGGCAUCCACAUGCCUCGUGGCGAAGCCAAGCGCUGCAGGCCUUCCGAGAUGCACGUGCCAACCUCGAAAGGAGUUCCCUUUGGACCGAGAAGGACGACCAAAUGGUCAGCAGCCUUGAGAACUCUGAUGCGUGCCUCGGAAAGCCCUUGAGUUGGGAUGGCUGGAAGUUCUUCGCUUGGCGACCCUGAAAACAAACGCGUUGACAUCGCCGUCUCCCUCGGCGGCGGCGUGGUUGGCUCUUCGGUCACCGGUCACCUCGUUCCGCGUCGACGGAGGUCGAGGAGCGGUGAGCCGCCCUUCAAUCGGUCGGUCUGAUGGAGUGAUCGAGUGGAACUCGGACCAUCGGAGAGUGAGUCUUUGGUGAGCUUUCUCCAUGAAAAACGGAC